AGUGAAUUUCGAACCGUGUGGUCAUCCUGAGAAACACAGAGAUGGGUGCCUGGCGGUAGGUGGCUAUAAAAGAGCUCGCGUCUUGCCUCCAUCCCAAAUUCUUUCUCCGCGUCUGAUGUUCCAGAAUCCUUGGAUCUGUUUUCUUCUCUUCCUUGCAUGGGCAUCCACGACGGCUUUUGCCGCACGUCUUGUUGACUUCCAAGUUGAGCAGCCCCCUCCCGUUCCCAAAGACGCAAAACAAUGCACUAUCCAGGUUCUUCAGCGAGAUUUUGCGUUCUCAUUUGGAAUGGCCGAAGUCGUUCAAUUCACCCCUCCGUCGGACUGUGGGCCCGUGGGCUCGUGGGCUGCAAUUACCCUCAAUUUCACCGUUACAUCUAACGGGACACAAUUUGAUCGUCUCGGGAUUUUCACUUUUCAAAACGUUGAGAUCUGGCGCACUUCCACACCCGAACCAUCUCGUGGAGAUGGGAUCAUCUGGACGUAUAUAAAGGACGUGACUCGCUACACCCCUCUGUUUGCCAAACCGGGAACUUUUAUUCUUCAGUUGGACAAUCUAAUACAACAGGGUUUAGAUGGAGUGUACUCCACCGUUCUCCAUGCGACCUUUUACGCCUCGUCGGCAGACCAUCCAGCGGCCAAACAGGCCGACGCGAUCUUCCCAUUGUCGACAUUUGCGCCUGACACAGGAAACGAUGCUUCUGUUCCUCCUGGGUUCUCGAUCAACGUAACUCUUCCUCAAAACGCUGUGGGAAUCUAUGCCGAGAUCUAUGCGUCAGGGAAUGGAAACGAAGAAUUUUGGUACUCCAACGCACCGAACCAAUUUCUGGGAGACCUUCCUGAUGGUGUGACCUUCGGUCAAGGCCCCUUUCGCGAAGUUCGGCUCUUGAUAGACGGCAGGGUCGCGGGGGUGGCUUUCCCUUAUCCUGUCUUAUUUACCGGUGCGAUUUCACCUGCUGCUUGGAGACCUAUCACAUCCUACGGAGCUGUGGAUCUGCCAACUUAUUUCCUCGACCUGACGCCUUUCGUCCCUGUUCUCACCGACGGACAACCGCAUGUUUUCACUAUCGAUGUUGCAUCCGCCGAGGCCGACCAUACAAUCCUGCAAAACUGGUUUGUCUCAGGCGCUCUUCAAGUUUUCGUGGAUGUAUCCUCGCAGCGUACUAUCGGGAAUAUCACGACCUAUUCCGCUGAUCCAUUCGCAGAAUCAUCUGCCACUGCUUCAAGACAAGGAAACAAUGUCAUCAUCACAGUCUCUGCGCAACGUGAAAUCCACGUCGAGGCUGAUAUUCUUAGCGGUUCGGGAGUAGCUACCCACGUAGUCUGGUCCCAAAACCUUCAAUACCAGAACAUACAGUCAUACCUGAACCGAGCUUCUACUCAGAACAUCUUCCAAACUGCCUCAGGGUCAGUCAGUUCCAUUCACAGUGGCAAACAGGUCGUGAAGGACAUAUUUUCCUACCCACUGACAAUCAAUCUGACCAACACUACAUUUCUUUUGGACCAUUCAUACGACCGAGAUCUUUUGCCCACCCCCUUCAUUCCAGGAUCAACAAUUCAUUCACACCAACUGGCUGGCACAACGUCCGCUGGAAGCUCAAACAACAACACCUUUUCAUACUUGGACACAGACGGCAACUCCUUUGAGCGUCGUGUAAAUGCUUCGAGGAACGUCAUAACAUUGGACCAACAAAGCGGAACUCUUGCGCCAGCCAGCUUCGGUCCUACUGACGGAGUUGGUGUUCCCUUCAAUGGAGAGUCAACCUUCGCACAAGCUAGACUGCCCGGAGGACGUCGUAUUCAGACCUAAAGUGAGACCAUCUGUAUCCGUCUCAUAGGAAUUGAAUCGUGAUUAUGCUGCCU